AUGUAUCAACAUCUCCGUAUCGCUCUUGAACAUGCUCAAGAACGAUUACAAUAUAGGCAAGAACAAAGUAAUAUCCGUCGUCGUCGUCGAAAAACAAUUGAAAUAUGUUCAACCACAGUUGCUCAGGAUUCUGUAACAACAUAUGAUAAUCCAAAGGAGAAAGGGUCAAACGAUCAUCUCGAGAUGAUACAACAACUGUCAACUGAUCCUGAAGAAACAUCAGAUAUUGACGCUGAUUUCGAUCUUAUUUCACUUGAAGAGGAUACAAUUGAACUUCCAUCUGGACUUAAUUCAUAUUGUGAAGUGCCUUUUGAUGAUCAAGAUGAGCCACUCGUAUUAGAUGAUUUAUUCCCACCGAAUAACAAUCAAAAUAGUUCUUAUCUCCAUUCACAUACAACCAUCAAAACACACGAUUUUUGUGGACAAUUAAUUGAAAUUUUUAGAGAUGCUAAUAUUAGCAACAUCCAUUGUUCACGUUUUCUUCGGGUGAUUAAUGGAGUUCUUCCACAACCUCAUAAUUCACCAACAACAUUAAAAGCUUUAUAUAAUUCAAUGCAAGGUGUUCCAACUCGAUCUGGUGUAAAUUACAAACUGGUAGUUUAUGGACUUACUGGUGAUUGCCCGGCAAUCAAGCUUGCAACGAAACAUGUUAAUCAUCAAGGUUAUUGGUGUUGUUGGUUUUGCUACAUACAAGGUAUUCAUAUUGAUAACAAAAGACAAUAUUAUUUCCAAAAUGAACUUGUUCUUCGAUCAACAACUGAAUAUGCACAUUAUUCAGAGAAAGCAGAAAGAACAAACAAAAAUAUAUUUGGUCAUCUUGGUGUUUCUCCUCUUGCUACCGUUUUUAAUAUCCCUUUACCACGUUGUUUAAUUAUUGAUUAUAUGCAUGUGUCGCUUCUUCGCCAUACACGCACUGUUAUUCAAUAUCUUUAUCAAAAAUAUUUAAAACCGAAACAAAGAAAUGAGCUAGAUGAGCUUUUUCGUCAUCAACCUUUUCCCCAUUUCUGCAACCGCAAAAUGCGUCCCGUUAAAGAAUUUUCAGCAACAGAAUUGCGAAAUAUGUUAUUAUAUGGUCUGUUGCCGCUCAUUCGAUCAUUUCUGCCUGUUGAUUUAGCUGCUCAUUUAUCACUUUAUGUAACAGCAAUGCGGUUACUGCAUGGACCUCGUAAACUUGGUGAUGAUACAGAAAUUGUAGCUAAUGAAUUGAUGAACGCUUACUAUAAAGAUCAUCAAUUGUUCUAUACAAAUAUUCAACAUUUUGUUUUGCAUCUACAUUGUCAUUUGGCGGAUCAAUAUUAUUUGCAUGGCAGUUUAUCUAAUCUGGGUGUUUUUGGUCAAGAAUCAUUGUUGGGGCACUUUGCUAAAAGUCGGCAUGGAACACCAAUGACAUCACGUCGACAAGUGGUUCCUCGUCAUGUUUUUACGCCUACUCAACGUACACCACCACCAAGUCAUUAUUUACUUGUUUUUGAAGAUACUAAUUCAUAUCAAAUAGCUGCACGAUCAAGUAUCAAACAAAUAACUGGCGAUGUCGUGUCUAUAAUGAUUCGUAAUAAACUUGUAAAAGCAAAAGCAGUCUGCCACGGUUCUCUUGAAGACUGCAAUACCGAAUAUGUUAGAUUAACUCGCGUAUCACAAAAUGAAACUGAUGAACACGAUGAUGUUGAUUCUGAAAAUGAUAAAUUGACUAUCGACGAUUGGCCCAUGAACGAUGUUAAUGUGUAUUCAAAACCUGCGUCAUCAAAUUGUUUAUCAUCAACUGUAUCAUCGUCACCAAUCUUAACAAGCAUUCAAUCACCACGACAAAUAUCUGAUAAAGGUGAUCAAAAUGUUCAAAUUGAUAAAGCUGAAAAUAUUCGUAUGAAUAGCAAGAAUUCUAAUAUCUUGGAAGACAUUGAUAAUCGAGUUGGUGAAUUGAGUGAAAAAUUCGUAUCAACUUCAUCCAAGAUUGAUCAACAAAUGCAACGGCUUUCCACCAAAAUUGAUCGUUUUGCUUCAACUGUUAAUAUUAAGGGUUUUUGGUUCUACAAUAAGCAUGCUAUUGAAUCGUAUAUUGAUAAAUCAGGUGAACAUUUUCCAUCUGAAUACAUGUUUGGAGAAAUCAAUUUACUUGAUGUUAUGGCUACGGAUUAUGGAGAUUAUGCCCGACAAAUUUUACAAAUUAUUUAUACUAGUGAUGAAUUAAAGAAUUCUAUUCUGCCACCAGGUAAACCACAUCUUGCUCGUCCACCUCUGGCCAAAGAUCGAUUCAAGAAAUUUCUCGAGGCUGUUCGAUACAAGUAUAAACUGGACUCGAUUAAUUUUGGGCUAUUUUAUCGAGGACUCUUGCGACGAAAACUCACUGACUUUCUAAUCGAAGAACGUCGACGAGAACCACUCAAACAGGCUCGACAGUCACUUAAACAAAGUCAAGCACAACGAACUAGUCAAUCAAAUUUUGACGAAACAUUUGGAUGA